GAAUGGAGUAACCGAAAACUGUCUGAAAUAAACCAACCCCCUAUCCACAAAGAAUUUCUCCUUGGGAGGUAGAAGGUAUUUCCUCAAAGUCUGAGUGUUAACAUCUUCACAAUCAUGAAGCCAUCCUCGUGGUUUUGUCUGGAUCACAAGAUCCUCCCACCACAGGUUCAUCCCACUCAACCAUAUAAAGUUGAACUGAAGCUUGGUUAUUUUCAGUGAGGAUUGGGCAGGUAAGUGGUGAUGAGUCUACUUAUAGAACAAGCAUUUCAUGAUCAAAAUAUUAGUAUGUGUAAAAUACUUUUUCCUUAAAGAUUCUAUACAGAAUGGCAUGUCUGCACAUUGGUUUUGGGAUCCUGCUGUUGAUCCUUGGAAGCAUUGAGAAAACAUCAUCUACAUUCUACGGUAUUUAUUUUUUCUUUCUCUUUAUAUGAUGGAUAAUAUGCUAUUUACUGCUGUAAGAUAAUAGCUUCAGUAUCACUAUUUUGUACUUCUUUCCAGCAUUUGAUUAGCACAAUUACUUUGAUCCUCAUUGCUGUUGGACUAUGGUGCACUUGAUGUAUUUUCCAAAAGCAUGUACAGUGUAACAGAUGAUGGGACACAUUAAGCAUCAUUAACUAAAUGUCAUCAGUGCAAUUAGCAUGUGCACCAUUGUAUAUCUUUGCUUUACAAUGCGAUGGAUUACAUGGUUAUUCACUAAAGUGUGAAUUUCUAGGAAUUUAAAGUGAAUUUCAAAUUUUAUGCUUAAUUAGCAGAAAUGAUAAAUUUAUCUGUCAGCUAUUUUGUGUCUGGCUGUUUUGGUCUAAAAUAGGAGUUUGCAACAAUUCACACUCUACUAACGUGCAAACGGCCCAAGGCUGGUUUAGGAAAAAAUAUUGUUUUUCCAUCUGCAAGCAAUCAGACUACAAAACCUGUACAUUGCUCAGAAGAUUUGGGAAUUGCAAUACAGCCUCUGAAUUAAGUUACAUGUAGGACAGAUUUAAGACUUUCUGAAUGUAAAUAGCUGAAAUCUGUAACUAUGGAUGAUGGGAAAGAACAGUGAUAAUUAGACAGAAUUCACACCUGUCUGAAUGCAAAUGAAGUUUAACUGAAUUUUACUAACCUGCAAGUUUUAGUGAAUUCUACAUGAAUUUAACAUUUUAUAGAAAAUGUAUUCAUUUUAUAUGUGGCAGAUAUUUCUAUAGACACAUCUUUGAUACAAUUUAUCUACUGGAUUACUCUGUAUAUAUCAAAUACACAGUGUCUAGUUACAUUUACAUAAUUUUUUCGGCCUACUUAGCAUCUAGUGUCCAAAUAUGUAGCAAUUUGACAUUAUAUUUAUCACUACUUUUCUAUGUUGAGUAUUUUUCCCACUAAGGGGAUGUAUGCCUUGUAAUUACGAACAAGUAGUGGUAUAUAAUGUUAUAUUUUGAGCUCUACUAGGUAUAAACAAGUCAUUUAUGUCUCUUAUUCUCUAUUGUUAUUGCUAUUUUUAUUGAUAUUAGUCUGCAGUCACAGAUAUUGACCUAUCAAGGAUUAUAUAUUAAAGUCUAAACCUGUGAACUUCAGUGCUUAUCUCUAGAGACAUUAGGAAGGGAGGUUUGCCAUUUGGCAUUUAUUUUCUACCUCCGUCUGACCCCUUUGUUAGUAUUUUCUACAAUUGUAUUUACUCACUGUAUAUAUCUCUAUUUAUUAUUUUCUAUAGUAUUAUUAUUAUUCAUUAUUCCAGUGGAUACUCAUAUAUUUGUUAUUUUGAGUAUCCUAUAGUUCUUCUGAUUAGGGGUUAUGCCCCAAGACACUACUGGAGUGUCUUACAAGGUGUGAUCUUCUACAGGUUGAGUGGACUAGUCUAUUUUUUAGACAGCCAUCACCUGUAGACGUUUUUUUCCUCUUUUUUUCUUACUCUGUAAGCUUUCGCUACAUUAUUUUUUCUGUUUUAAAACCCUGACUGCUUGGUAAAUGACCCAGGAUUAUUUUAUUUCUUGAUUGUUUUUUCUCUCUUUAGUGUUUUUUGUUGUUUAAGUGCUUGAACUAAUGUAUCUAAUAUUUUGCAGAUGGAAUUGAGGAACUGGACAAUGAUAUAAUUCUAAACUGUAUGAAUGAAGCAAAACAGCUGGUGGAUACAGCUUAUAAAAACACCCGCAUUGCGUAAGAUGACUUUACUAAAUACGAAAUACAUUGUGGAUUGCACAUUGUUGCAUUCCUUUUAAUAAAAAAAACAAAAAAAACAAACAGCUUCUUACCACUGUAUUCAUAAAGGACAUAUACAAAACUGCAAAUGGAAUGCAUGAAUUUAACCUGAAAUAACACCAUUGAAUCAAGCUGUAAACGUGUUCCUAGAUAUUAAAAAAAACAUUUCAGAGUAAUCUAGUGUUUGCCAAAUAAUUAGAAAAUGUAAAGAAUUCUGCAGCAAAUUGCAUCUGAGUUGUCCAAUGAAUGUGUUAUUUUACAGGUAGAUUUAGGGAUUGUAAUGUUAGCUUAAUGAUGUGGUUUUGGUGUAUAAAUCAUGCUACUGCAGUCUCACUGCUCAAUUCCCUUCUGUUUCAAAGUAAAAUCACUUUGUUUAUGCAGCCAUAACCACAUAUCUACUGUGCCUCACAUAACAUACCCCCAAAAACAUUUAACAGCACAGUAUGUUUACUUUAGAAUUCUUAUCUCCUGCUCUGUUACUUGAAUGUCACUAUCACACACUGUUGCCUGCUGCAGGCUCUAGAAAGUAAUUACCAUAGCAAGAGAUAAGAAAUUCAAAAUUAAACACACAGUGUUAUAAGGAAAACUAAAAUAUUUUGAUGUAGAUAAUUUUUUAGGGUGUGUGUUGGUAUGCUGUCUGAGUCAGGGCUGCAUAUACAAGGUGAUUUAACUCCUAAAUGGUAGAGAAUUGAGUAAUGAGCAGUUAAACUGCAAGGAGAAGCUCUAUACACCAUAACCAUUUAAGUUGGAUUAGUUUGGAGAUAGGGUUUCUCAGUUUUUACAGUAGUAAAUUUAAUGCAUUUUCUCUCAGGUUUGCCCCUGACCUACACCAAUAUUUUUACAAAUUAUUUCUUUUGAAAUUGUCCAUCCUCUUAAGAUAAGAGAUAAUCGAAAACUAAACUAAAAUUAAAUCUAAAACUCUUUCUUUUAGUUAAUACUAGGCCUUCAUUGCUAUUAUCAAAAUCAUUGUCACCUGGAUCCCAAAAAGAAUCUUCUAUCUCAUUCCUUCCACAGUUUAAAGACACGCCUGAGGCAGAAGGAUGUGAGUUCCAGAGAUAUCAUGGCAUACUUCAAGCAGCCUGUGGCAGGAAGUAGAACCGCCAUUCGAGCUGCUGAUUACAUGGGCACCACCCUCCAGCUCCUGACAGAGAAAAUGAAGCAUUUUCACCAGAGACCUUUCAAUAUCUCAGGUACUACACAAGUCUUUUAAACACUACAACUACAAUUUGCAUGACACUGCUCACACAUCGAAAGAACUUGUAGCAUAGUCAUAUUGUCAAUAGACCCUGAGCGGCCUGCUAUUGAAUUCCUGGAGUUCUGAAUACCAAGUGGGUACUCAUAUCCUAACUCAGGGCACCCAUACAUCCCCAUAAAUUGAGUCUCUUGGUUUCUGUAACCACAUGCUGUCCCAUGUGGCAUCAAAAAAAAUGAACAGAAGGGUGUCACAUGACAGAAACCAUGUCCAUUUCUCCAGAGUGAUAAGGUUAACCCAACACAAGAAAUUUAUCCAGUUUAAAUGCAGGACCACAGGAGAACACACAAACAUAAAGGGUUAAGCGUAGGCAAGAUUACAAACUUAAUUACAUUCUAAAUAAGGAUCUUACACUGCUGGCAAGCAGGAUUGAUUUAGUUACAGUUAAAUGGGAAUUGUCACUUCCCAAGAUUUUUAAAGUUACAUACUUACUCUAUAUCUAAAAAUAUUUUUUUUGAAAGUUCAAACAAUGCAAUUGAAAUUAAAUGUAGAAGUCCACACUUCUUUAGCCUGCAACUGGACGCUUCCAUCUUAUUUCCCUGUCAGUCAUUGUUAUAAACUGUGUCGCUUGCACCUGGCAGUCGAUUAUGUGAAACAUACAAGGAAUAUGAGAAAUUAAACCAUGUUUUUAUUUCUACUAUUCAUUUGCAAGGAUUUGCCUUGUCUGACCAGGAUAAUGUGAUUUUCUAAAUCAUUAAAGGGACACUAUAGUCACCAGAAUAACUACAGCUUAUUGUAUUUGUUUUGGUGAGUUUAAUCAUUCCCUUUAGGCUUUUUGCUGUAAACACUGUCUUAUCAGAUAAAAUGCAGUGUUUACAUUACAGCCUAGGGAUAACUCCACUGGCCACUCCUCAGAAGGCUACUAGAGGUGCUUCCUGGGACAGUGCUGCACAGUGAGCAGCACUGCUAUUCAGUGUCUCCAACCUCUGCAUAGAGACACUUAACUUUUCUCAUGGAAAUGCAUUGAUUCAAUUCAUUUUUAUGAGAAGAUGCUGAUUGGUCAGGGCUGUGGUUAGCUCUGCCCCUUAACUGCCUCCUUGAUAGUCUCAGCCAAUCCUAUGGGAAAGCAUUGUAAUUAGCUCAGAACAACACUUCUGAUGAUGUCUGCCAAGCAGACAGAUCAGGGGCAGAGUCAGCAGCUGCACACUUGAACAAAAGUAAGAUUAUACCUUGUCGCGGAGGGGUGGGGGAUAUAAUGUUUGUGUUCCUGACUCAAAAGUGUUAUUAAUAUGAAUUUAAAAGAAAACUGAGUAUCCUAUGGGAAAAGAAAACUAUAGUUUCUUUCAAUAUACUAAUGUGUGGUUUAAAUUCCAGAGAAGUGAGAAUUCCCCUUUAGUCCAAAAAACUUUUCACAACUUAAAGGAGCACCCAAGAAACCAUAACCACAACAGAAUUGUAUAGGAAUGUAACCAUUGGUAAAGGAAUGCUACCAAGUAUGCUUAAAGUGCUAUAGUAAAGUUUCAGCAAAGACUCCAGAAUAAUGAAUAAUGCCAGGAAUCACGUAAAUUAAUUUUCAGAUUUGCUGACAAAGAACCAGAUGGAUGAUAUUUUUAAGAUGUCGGGUUGUGCCAGCCAGCAUCUUCCCAAGGUUUGCCAGGAUAGUCCUUACCGAACCAUAACUGGAGAGUGUAAUAACCGGUGAGCUAUUACUUUUUCUGUACUGACAGCUACAUGAGCAGAGGCCAAGCUUUGAGUGACAGGCAUUGAGGCAUUUCUACAAUCUUAAUCAAUACAUUGGCAGAUUCAAGAAAUUGAUCUCAAAAUCCUAGAUCAAAUCUGUAGUUUGAGAAUUUAUGUCGUCAAGCUUUCCAGUUGGUGAAAGUACUAUGAAAAAAAUAGCAGCAUGGAAAAGAGGAGAAGGACAGAAUGGUAAUCAGAUAGAGUGUCCGCUGCAGGACUUGUUAAUCAGGAAUAUGAAAAACUAGAGCUGAUGUAAGAUAAAAGACACUAUUUCCAUAUCUUGUACAUGUUACUUAUAAAGGAAAAAAAAACAGAUACACAGGCAGUGGUGGAACUAAUGUAGAGAGGUCCAUUUUUAUCUCUCUCUAGUGCAGGAGUAGCCAAAAGGUAGAGCUCCCAUGAUAUACCAGUUGGGAAUCGACCAUUUGCAGGGUUGUAUAUGUGAGUAGUGUUUGUGUGUUUUAAUGUAAGAAUGUUUUUGUUUAGAUUAUGUGUACAUGUAGGGAUGUAUGUGUAUGUACUAUUGCCAUUGGAAUGCAGUGGUGUACUUGUGUGUAUUGUUUGCGUUAGAAUUCAGUAGUGUGUUUGCAUGUAGUGUUGGCUUUUAAAUGCACAUGUGCUUUUGUGUGUAGUGUUGGUUUACAUUUUUGUAUAGCAUUGGUGUUUGAAUGUAGGGAUCUGUUUGUAUAUAAUUUUGGAGCUUGAAUGCAGAGGUGUGCUUAUAUGUCAUGUUUGUAUUUGAUUGCAGGUAUGUGUUCUCAUGUUGUGUUUGUGUUUAAUUGCUAGGAUGUAUGCAAAUACACAGAUACAGGACCAGUGCAAGGAUUUCUGCCACCCCAGGCAAAUAUCCAUUUUGCCGCCCCCCAUGAAAGAAAAUACAAUCUCACUGUCAGACACAUACUCAGUCACUGACAGACAUACACUCACUCACUAACACACAUAAAGACAGACAUAAACUUACUCACUCACUGACACACAUACUCACUGACAGACACACACACACACACUCACUGACAGACAUACACUCACUCACUAACAGACAGACAGACACACACACACACAGACACUCACUGACAUACAUACACUCACUCACUGACACAAUUUUAUUUUUUGAGGCCUAUCCAGCCUCCCUACCUCCUUGGGGGUCCAGUGUGGGACAACUUCUCACUCCCCCAGCACGCUAUUCAGUGCGCAGGGGCCAGAAUUACAUCAUAUUCCGGCUCCAGGCAUCACAGGUGCGCAAGUGAGGAAUAGAAAAGUAAAAGAACAGUCUCCCUCACCGCCCACACUGCCAUCUGCCUCCUCUCCUCUGUCAUUCAUCGGCAGAGCAGGCACCUGCCAUCAAUGUAAGCAGGUGCCUACUCUGACAUAUUGAAGAAGCACAGCUUCGGGGGCGCCCUGAGGUGGCCCUGUGACAGGGCUCCUGUGGGUGCCUGGAGGAUUGGCCCGGCACUGAGGGGGGAGGCUCAAGAGCCGCUCGCCCAGUGAUGUGGCCCCAUACUUACAUAGAUAUACAUACACAUGAACACAAACAGAUAAACACAUAUAAAUACACUGACCAUAUACACACCCUGACACACAGAUAGACACCCUGACAAACAGAUAAACACACUGACACAAACGAUAUGCACAUUGACAAAUACACACACUCUGACACACAGAUACACAAAGUGACGCACUCAUCUGAUGGGAGUGUGGGAUUUAGAGCAGCUCUGUCCUUGCUUCUCUACCCCUUGCUGCCUGUGUCACCUCCUCUUCUGCCUCCCACAUUGCGCUCUAUGUGUAUCUUGGAGUGAAUGACAGGCUCCCACUUCCUCAUAGUCUGCCCCUACAGAGGCCGGUACGCGCUAUUAAAUUAGCCUGUGCAGCAAUGGCCCUAAGUGCAAGCGCCACCUGACUGCCCCCCCCAGAUGUCUUAUCGGCUGCACCUGUGGUAAUUUCGCUGUUGUACACAGGGUUAUUCACUACAAUGAGAAUUCAAAGUAAGUUCAAUGUGAAUUUAAACUUUUGGGCCAGAAUACCUAAUCAUCUCUUUAUAGGAGGAAUCCCAGUCUUGGAGCUUCCAAUACAGGAUUUACACGCUUAUUACGUGCUGAAUAUGAGGAUGGCAUUGGGCUCCCGAGGGGAUGGACUGAAAACCGUCCCAUUAAUGGCUUUCCCCUACCUUUGGUAAGAGAAUCCUACUAUAUUCAUAAUGUCCAUACCCCCACAGUAGUAUUUAUUAUUAUUAUUUUUUUUAAAGCCAAAUUCAUGAACAUGAAUUUCAUUAGCAAUGGCUGCAAUCAUGUAUACACACAUUGAAGAGGUUAAGCAUGGUAGGUGGUGGGGCAAUACAAUAAGCAUGGCAACAAUGUACUCCACCUAAAGGGGACAAAUUAUAAUCAUCAUACAAUUCAGGGAGAUUUUAUGCAGAUUAUAGAUAUGUAGGAGUCUGCAGAAACUGGGACCUAUAUAAUGUAAUAACACAUAUUGUAUGCAGAAUUGUAUUCCAAUGUUGGUUGUGUAAAAUAAAUGUAUAAUCCAUGGUUUGCUUAUUAAACAAUAAUGUGGUGUUUUCGUGGGAUUUAGGAAUUAUAGACCAAAAUUGGGAAAAUUGAGAAUAUGCGUCCAUAAUAUCUAUUUAUGUCUAGCCUACAAUUAACUGUUUAUUGAAUAUAUCUAAAUUUUAAUUACUGGCUAUAUAAUCAUGUUAUUAUUUCUAUCUAUAAGAGAAAAUUAAUAUGAAUGAGAAAUAUUUACUGGUUAUUAUGUUAAUGAAUGUUUACUGCACAUUUACCUAUAGAUCAUAGUAAAUCAUUUUAUAAAGAAAGAAUAUUUACCCUACUUACUUUUUUAAUCAGGCACGCUUAGUAUCCAAUGAAAUUGUCCGUUUCCGAACUGAGGAUAUUACUUUAGACUCUGGCCGGUCCCUCAUGUUCAUGCAAUUUGGCCAAUGGACAGAUCACGACCUUGAUCUUUCUCCUGAGACUCCAGCAAGAACAACAUUUCUGGAAGGAAUUGACUGUGACCAAAGCUGUGCACGUGAACCCCCCUGCUUCCCUCUGAGGGUAACUAUCUUUAAAAAAAAAAAAUCUGUUUAUAUAUUUGCAGAAUAGUGAUUCUUCAGCAUGUAGUCCUAACAGAACGACGUGAAUAUUUUAUAAAAGGCUUCUAACAAGGAUCUUUUGAACAGUAUAUUGUCAGCAAUUCAAAGUGAAAUUUAUAUUGUCGGACAAAAUGGAUGAAUUCAGAAGAUAACUGACCUGAAUUUGUCCAAUUUGUCAGUUAUGCUCUAAAUUUCAGUUGACAAAAUGUGCAUAAAAUGAAUAUGUUUCAGCAUUUGUAGCAGAAAUUGCCUAAACAUGCAUUCUAAAGGUACCGUAUUAGUUGAAGAAUGCUUCUCAAGAGCAGAUAACCAAAAAGUGACGUGCUCAAAAAAAUAAAUAAAAUAUAUAUAUAUAUAACUAGGUAAAAACAUAUGAAUAAAGUGUAUACAAUCCAACAGCAUUCACCAACAAAGUGAAAAUAAAACACCUAAUACAACGGUGGUUUGUAUUGUAUUGCCAAAAUGCUUCUCAUUUAGAAAAAUUGCUUUGAUCUAUAUUAAUAAUAUUUAAUCAUAAUUAAGACCUCAAGUCUUGGUAUGCUGAUAUGUAGUUCCUUCAUCCCAAAACAUUUUAUUUCAGUGUUUACUGUUAUAAAUACUCAAUAAAGGGAAGUAAAAAUGUUACUUACUUCUGCUGCGCUUCUGUAUUGCUACAAUAUCUUCAUCCCAUGAUGACUUGUGAAUUUUAGCAUGAGUGCUGGCAUUUCUUCAGAAAAAAAAAAACAUGUAUCAAAAAAAUAUCAAAAAAAAGUAUCAAAAAUUUAUAUAAAAAAAGUACAUUUUAAGGAUUUAAAACAUGCAUUCCUGACCCUAUAGAGUUAAAACCACAAUUUAGAUGGCUUGCCCCCCUUAGUCCCCUUAGAAGGGGUUAAAACUCACCUUAUUUCCAGUGCCGCGGGUCUUCCAGCACUGGCCCAUCCCUCGUAUGCUUCCUUGUUGACAUCAUCAAAAUUUACAGUUUUUAGCCAAUCCAAUGCUUAGCUAUAGGGCAAGGAGGCUGGAUGGGGGCGGGGCCAGACACUGUUUUGGCAAAUCAAUGCCUCCACGUAGAGAUGUAUUGAAUUAAUGCAUCUCUAUGAGGAAAAUUCAGCGUCUCCACGCAGAACAUGUAGAUGCUGAACUGCAGUGCUGCCUACUGUGCAGCAAUGCACCAAGAAGCACCUCCUAUGGCCAUCUGAGGAGUGGCUACUGGAGGUGUCCCUAAGAGGCAAUAUAAACACUGCCUUUUCUCUGAGAAGGCAGUGUUUGCAUGAAAAUGCCUGAAUGGAAUGAUUAUACUCACCAGAAUAACAAUAUUAAGCUGUAGUUGUUCUAUUGACUAUAGUGUCCCUUUAAAAUAAAGAAUAGCACAAUCAAUAGUCAACUUUUAGUUGUGUUAAAAUUGGAGAGAUGAUGCAAAGAAUCGUUUGUAUAACUGUUGGAGAAUAUUAAAUCCAGAAGAGCGAGAUUAUACGUUCUAUUCAAACGUCCAUCAGUCAUACACCAGAAUUGAUUACUUUCUGGUUAGGGCCGACACUUUGGAUCGAGUCAGUAAAGUUAAAACUGGACCUAUAAUAUGGUCUGACCAUGCACCAGUAUGCUUAGUUAUAAACAAUAAUGCCGAAUAUAAAUGCAGAGAUAGGUGGAGAUUAAAUGAAACUUUAUUAAAAUCGGAAAAUAACAUAGAAGAAAUGCGAAAUCAGGCUAGAGAGUUUUUUGAAAGUAAUGAUACUGGGGAUGUUUCAAAUGCUGUGUUGUGGUGUGCUUUUAAAUCAUAUAUGAGAGGAUGUCUUAUAAAAUUGGGCGCUAAUGUAAAAAAAAAAGAAGGGAAAAGAGUUGAAUGAGCUUAAUAUAGAUUUGGCAAACUUGGAACGUCUUCAUAAGAUUACCUUAGAUUAUAAAAUUUUGGAGGAUAUGAAAGAGAUUAGAAAAAAAUUUUUAGUAAGAACUCAAGAGAAAAUAAAUAAAGCAAUGUUAAUAUUAAAGCAGGGAUGGUAUUAUGGAAACAAUAAAACAGGGAAAAAUCUUUCAAAUAAAUAAAAAAAUAAACUUCAAUCUAUAAAAUUCAUAAUAGCUGGAAAAAAAAAACUUUUUUCGCCAACCCAAAUUGCCAAUGCAUUUGAAGAAUAUUAUAAAAGUUUAUAUAAUUUGAAACUUAAUGAGCCGUCCGAAGGGGAAAUACAGCAGUUUUUGGAUAAAUUAAAUCUGCCAAAAAUAUCUAUUGAGAAACUAAGUCAGCUAAAUGCUCCAUUCUCCAUUCAGGAGAUUAGUAAUACUAUUAAAGCAUUAACAGCGGGCAAAGCCCCAGGACCAGACGGUUUUUCAUCGAUAUUUUAUAAAAAAAUUAAACAAUAUAAUUUCCCCAUAUAUAUUGAAGACAUUCAACGAAUUUGCUACUCAUAAAGUUAUUCCAUCGGAAAUGCUCCAGGCCUCUAUAAUGCCAAUCCCUAAACCAGACAAGGACCCAAUAUAUACUUCAAACUAUAGACCAAUUUCUCUUAUUAAUCUAGAUAUUAAAGUGUACUCUAGAAUUCUGGCUGAUAGACUUAAACAAAAUAAACCAGAUAUUGUACAUUUAGACCAGAGUGGGUUCGUAGAAGGCCGGGGUACGUCUGAUAAUAUCAGGAAAUUAAUGAAUGUCCUAUAUCAUGCAGCCCAAAGUUCGACCCCUUUUGCCCUGGUCACCCUCGAUGCCGAGAAGGCCUUCGACCGUGUUCACUGGAAAUACUUGGAAGAGGUUUUGAAGGCCUUCGGCAUAGAGGGCGUCUUUAAGGAGUGUACAAUGGCAUUAUAUACAGAUCCCCAAGCCAGAGUUUCAGGAUUUAUGUUUCAAUCGAAAUGGUUCCCAAUUAGAAAUGGGACGCGACAGGGCUGCCCUUUGGCACCCCUGCUAUACAUUCUCUCCAUAGAGCCAUUGGCAGCUGCGAUUAGACAGAAUGAGGGUAUCAGUGGGUUAAAGGUGAACACAGUGAAGAACAAAAUUGCACUUUAUGCAGAUGAUGUUCUAUUGACUCUUACGGAUCCUAUUAGAUCUAUUCCAGCGGUAUUUCAUCUGAUUAAAGAAUAUAGCAAAAUUUCAGGCUAUAAAGCAAACAUAAAUAAAACACAAAUCCUGUUAAAAGGUUUAGUUGGGACCGGGGAAAAAAAGCUUAAGAAGGAAUUUAAAUGCGACUGGGAAGCCAGGAAUAUAAAGUAUUUAGGGGUAAGAUUAUCCUUGGAAUAUAGAGAAAUUGGAGAACUUAACUAUACAGAAAUCGCUACCCAAUUCAGGAGUAUUCUAAAAAAUUGGAGAGGGUUAGAACUGUCGUGGUUGGGAAGAAUCGAAGCAGUAAACUCCUAUUUACUCCCUAAACUGACAUUCUUAUUUGGUAAUCUCCCGUUGAGGGUGUCAUCCCAGACGAAACGCGGUCUUCAAAAACAAAUAUCACAUUAUAUAUGGCAAGAUAGGAGACCUAGAGUGUCAUUGGAAAUAUUACAGAGAGAUUGGAAGGAGGGGGGGGUUUCUUUUCCGGACGUACAAAAAUUAUAUACGACUAAUAUGGUAGUACAUUUAAUUAAGUGCGAUAAUUUUACAAAAUCAAGACCUAUUUGGUUAGUUAUUGAAAAAUCGGACUUGGGUAAUAUCGAACCUUUAUUUCUUAUGUGGUGCGAUAGCGAAUUUGUAAAAAAUAUAAAAUCGAACAAUCCGAUUAAUAAUACAAUGAUCUAUAUAGCAAAAUAUUUAAAGAAAAAAUAUGGCACUAAGUAUAUAUCAAGGAUUGCCCCACUAACAUGUUUAAAACUUUAUAUAAAAGACAUAAAUAUACAAGAAUGGGAAAAGUGCGGAAUUGCAAAAUUUGCGGAAAUAUUAGAUGAUAAUAAAAUAUUGUCAUUCCCAGAGUUACAGCUUAACUACAACCUUCCUUCCAAAGAAAUAUUUAAUUAUUUAAGAAUAAAAUCUUUUAUCAUAGGGAAAACUUUUUCGGAAAUCUCUCAAAUUGACCAGUUUAUACCAUUUCACCACAGGAAAAAAAUUGCCUCCAAGUUUAAUCAAUUUAUAAGAAGCCAAAGGCAAAUAGAUAAAUUGUCAGCAAUGAAUAAAUGGGAGCAAGAACUUCAUUUUUCUUCUCCGGUUGAAGAUUGGCUUUUGGGCUUACAAUUAGUAAAAAAAACAUAUUCGUGGGGUAAAUAUACAGGAAGUGUACUUUAAACUUGUGUAUCGAUGGUAUCUGGUGCCCACUCGCCUUCAUAGAUUUCAACCCACACUUCUACCAGAUUGUUGGAGAUGUGGUAGGGAACUAGGCUCAUUCUCCCACAUAUGGUGGGACUGUGAAGAGUUGAAACCUAUGAAAGCAAUUUUAUCGGAUUUUGUAAAUUUUGCUCUGAAUGCACAAACUGUUAUUAUGGCUCAAACGGUCCUGUUUCAUUUAACCCCUUCCCGACCGAGGAUGGUUCAGGACCGUCAUCGGCAUUUUUGGCUUGCCGACCGAUGACGGUCCUGAACCGUCCUAACGGUCCUAGUUACUUACCUGAUCGCCGUCGUUCCCCCGGCGGCGAUCAGCGUGGCUCCGGUUGUAGGGAGACUGCCUGCAGCCCAGACAGUCUCCCCACACUGAAUUAGGACCCCUGUGGCCAUGUGAUCGCUUAACACAGCGAUCACAUGGUCACAAUAGGUGUCCAUGUGUCUGCCUGCAGGGGGACUGUCUGUGCUGACAGGCAGUCUCCCUGCUGUAAAAUCUAGUGUUAAUAAAAAAAAUAAAAAUAAUUAUAUAUGUGUAUAUAUGAUAUAUAGACAUAUAUUAUAUCUAUAUAAUAUAUGUCUAUAUAUCAUAUAUAUAUAAUGUCAUACUAAGUGUAUUUUUAUAUUAAUAUGUACUUAUAUUAAUAUAAAAAUACACUUAUAAUUAAAUUACACACGUAUAUAUAUAAUAUAUAUAAUAACUAUAUAUAUUGUAUAUACAUAUUAUUAUAAAAUAUAAAUAAUAAGUAAUUUCAAUUAAAUAAUUUUUUUUUAAAUCAUAAAUUAAAAAAAAAAAAUUAUAUAUCUAUAUGAAAUUUUAUUCUAACUGUAUUUUAAAAUUAAUAUAUAUAUAUUUAUAUCAAAAUACACUUAGAAUGAAUUUGUAUAUAUAUCUAUGUAUAUAUAAAUAAAUAAAAAUAAUAUGAAAUAUACAUAUGUCCAUAUACAAAAUUACAUAAAUAAUUAUAUAAAUAUACACGUAGACUUAAACUAUAUAAAUAUGCAUAUAUAUUUAAAUUCUACGUGCGUAUUUAUGUAAUAGUUUUACAUAAUUCAGUAAUUUUAUUGAUUGCAAUUUAAGGGACCUGCCUGCUAACCCAGGGCGAAAUUCCAGAGAAUUGAAUUUGCUAGCACUGUAUUUUACCCUGUAACGUUCUACGACACCCUAAAACCUGUACAUGGGGGGUACUGUUUUACUCGGGAGACUUCGCUGAACACAAAUAUUAGUGAUUCAAAACAGUAAAACAUAUCACAGUGAUGAUAUUGUCAGUGAAAGUUACUUUAUUUGCAUUUUUCACACACAAACAGCACUUUUAUUGAUGAUAUAAUUGUUGUGAUACGUUUUCCAGUUUUUAAACACUAAUAUUUGUGUUCAGCGAUGUCUCCCGAGUAAAACAGUACCCCCCAUGUACAGGUUUUAUAGCAUUUUUGAAAGUUACAAGGUCAAAUAUAUGGGUCAAAUAUUUUACAUUGAAAAUGGCCAGGUUGGUCACGUUGCCUUUGAGAGCGUAUGGUAGCCCAGGAAUGAGAAUUACCCCCAUGAUGGCAUACCAUUUGCAAAAGAAGACAACCCAAGGUAUUGCAAAUGGGGUAUGUCCAGUCUUUUUAGUAACCACUUGGUCACAAACACUGGCCAAAAUUAGCGUUCAAUUUAGUUUUUUUACUUUUUCACACACAAACAAAUAUGAAUGCUUACUUUGGCCAGUGUUUUCGACUAAGUGGCUACUAAAAAAGACUGGACAUACCCCAUAUUGAAUACCCUGGGUUGUCUACUUUUAAAAAAAUAUGUACAUGUGGGGUGUUAUUCAGAGAUUUAUGACAGAUAAUAGUGUUACAAUGUCACUAUUGAUAAAUUUUAAAAAUGUAUGUUUUGAAACCGCAAUAUCCUACUUGUACCUAUAGCCCUAUAACAUGCAAAAAAAGCAAAAAAGCACGUAAACACUAGGUAUUUUUAAACUCAGGACAAAAUUUUGAAUCUAUUUAGCAGUUUUUUUCAUUCGCUUUUGUAGAUGAGUAAAAGAUUUUUCAAGUAAAAGUCAAAAAACAUGUAUUUUUUUCAAUUUUUCAUCAUAUUUUUUAUUUUUUUUAAAAUAAAAUACAUGAGAUUAUAUAAAUAAUGGUAUGUAAAGAAAGCCCCUUUUGUCCUGAAAAAAACAAUAUAUAAUUUGUAUGGGAACAGUAAAUGAGAAAGCAGAAAAUUACAGCCAAACACAAACACCACAAAAGUGUAAAAAUAUGCCUGGUCGCAAAUGUACAACAUCGCAAAAACAGUCCGGUCCUUAAGGGGUUAAAUAUGCCAAGGGUUAACAUAAAAUUAAUAAUUCUUAUGAUCCAUAUUUUUAUGGCAAUUAAACUAGUUAUAGCUAGAAACUGGAGAAAUAUGGGUCCGUUGGUUUGGCAAGAUGUUUGUGUACAAGCGGAUUAUCAAUGUAGGAUGGAAGCAGGUAUAGCAUUAAAUAAAGUAUCCAAGGAGAAACAUGAGGAGAUUUGGGCCCCUUGGAAUAGAUAUCUUAGUCUUAAAAUUAAAACCCCCCUCCCUCCAAUGACAACCUAACCUCUCUUAGGAAAUGUAACAGCUUUAUGUGGAAGUGUAAGAAAGUGUUAAUGUAUGUAAUCUAUAGAUUUGAAGUGUAAGAAAGUGUUAAUGUAUGUAAUCUAUAGAUUUGACUGCAGUUAGUGUACAAAAGUAUAAAAUAUGGUUUUAUUAAUUAUGUGUAUAAUAUUAUUUGUAUAAUAAUUGAUUUUCUGUAAUAUUUUAAAACCUAUUUUUCUAUGAAAGUUUGUAUAUGGAUGAAAUCUUAAAUUUGAAAAAUAAAAAAUUUAUACAAUAAAAAAAAAUUGGAGAGAUGAUAACUAAUCUUUAAAUAAAAACAUAUACAGUGUAUUCAUUGUAAUUGAGCAACUAUGAGUUGUCAACUUAUCACAACUUACUGUAAAUAAACAAACCUCAUAGUGUAUAUACAUAUAUACAUGAUAAUUACAAAUUAUAUUAACUACAAAUAUAUGCUCUUACAUAUUAAAAACAAAUAUUUCUUAAAAGUAGCCAUUCUCACAUCAAGGUAUCUGAAUGCACUUUUAAUUGUUUCUCAUUUCUAUUUUUAUAUCCAUUUCUACUGUAGAUUCCACCAAAUGAUCCUCGGUUUCGUAACCUGAGUGAUUGUAUUCCGCUCUUCCGCUCUGCUCCAUUCUGCAAUCCUGGAUCACCUGUACGUGAGCAGAUUAAUAUACUCACUUCCUUCCUUGAUGGAAGCCAGGUGUAUGGCAGUGACUAUGCUCUUGCUUCCAAACUUCGAAACAACACAAAUCAAUUGGGUCUGAUGGCCAUCAACCAGAACUUUACAGACAAUGGGCUGCCAUACUUACCUUUCGAGACAGCUGAAGAAGACUUUUGUGUUCUCACUAACAGAUCUUCUGGAAUUCCUUGUUUCUUGGGAGGUGAGGCCUAGAUGUUGGAUAAACUGUUCAGCUCAAGAUAGAAAAAAAAUAACACACUUAUUGCAGGAUGGAAGGUUAUCUGUUCAAUACUUGCAAUAUACUGGAGAGUUUAUGUAGGGUCUCCUUGUGGGCAACAUCUAGUGCUCAUUUCAUUCAGUAAGGAAUGCCAAUAAGUGGCACAAACACAAAUAAGAGAGAAAUACAGUUUGAAGGUUUAAAAAAAACACAUUUUUAAAAAUACACGGAAUAGUACCUUUUAUAGCAGUGUUACUUGCGUGCCCUAUAUGUUGAUAAUACAUGUCUAAUGGUCUCUUUUAUGGUAAAAAAAAAUGCUGUCCAUAGUUCUAUAGUUGUCCUUAGCGAGAGUUUGUAUUUGUUAACUUUUGUAUUGUACAUUGCUUAAAAUCAAAUAUUAGAGAUUUAUCCAAAAUAGUAGGGUUUUUUCAUAGUUUUUCUUUGCAAAUUAUACAAAAUAUUAUAAGGUAAAAUAAAAGCUAGAUAUUUUAUUUGUAGAGAUAUUUGGGUAUCUGAGCUAUUAAAUCACAAAUAUUCGCUUGGAAGUAGAAACCUUUUUAAAAAUAAUGUUCUAUAUAUUUUUAAUUAAUUAAUCAGGAGUUUUAUCUAUACCAAACGAUUAUAUAGUGAACUAAUGAUAUUAGCACAUCAGGCACUUCUUGCCCAUAUCAAAAGUAAAAAAAAAUGCCAGGCAGGUACCUACUGUUUGAGAAAUAGAGAAGGCAAAUGUUAAGUCUCUUAUAGGUGACAUUUAAUUUGUGUAGUGUGAGCAGUUCCCAUUUAGGAAAUCAUAAAGAGGUUUAGAUCACUUGUGCCGUUACAAAGUCUAUUGUUUUUUUGGUUGCAGGUGACCCACGUGUCAGUGAGCAGCCAGGUCUCACUGCUUUUCACACUCUUUUUGUGAGAGAACACAAUCGAAUAGCAACAGAAUUACGUAGAUUGAAUCCAAACUGGUCUGGAGAGACUCUGUAUCAAGAAGCUCGGAAGAUUGUUGGUGGUAUCCUACAGGUACAGUGUGACUUUAUAACCUCUGCAAAUGAUCAAUCUUCAGAAAAGUCUUGACUAAUAAAAUAUUUUUUUCAAUUUGCAGAAAAUUACAUACAAAGAUUGGCUCCCUCUGCUACUGGGUGUGAAUUUCCAAAGAUUUAUUCCUAGAUACAGAGACUACAAUGAGUCUGUGGAUCCAAGAGUGGCCAAUGUCUUUACAGUUGUCUUUCGUAUGGGUCAUACAUUGAUACAGCCACUCAUCUACAGGCUAGAUGAUGGUUAUCGCCCUUAUAUGCCAGAACCAACGUCUCCCCUCCAUAUGACUUUCUUCAAUAGCUGGAGAGUGGUGAGACAAGGUAAUUAUUUUUCAUGUGAUUUCAAUCCUUCAAAUUGUUCAAUAGACUUGGACAUUAAUUUUCGGAUGUACAUGUUUUUGUCUGAAUUUCGGCUCUUCAUGCAUUCGUCUGAAAGAAAUACAACAAAUUAAACAAAGACAGAAUUGCAUGUUGGAUGAAAUUUUGCCUUUGCAAUUUGUUCUUUUGUCCGUUUAUUCUAGUUUAUUACAAGGAGGGAGCUACUGGCUUGUGGCUACCUCCUUGUAAUAUUUACAAAUAGAAACUCCCUGAUUUGGUAUCCUUAAAGGACCACUAUAGUGCCAGGAAAACAUACUCGUUUUCCUGGCACUAUAGUGCCCUGAGGGUGCCCCCACCCUCAGGGACCCCCUCCCGCCCGGCUCUGGAAGGGGGAAAGGGGUAAUAACUUACCUUUUUCCAGCGCUGGGCAGAGAGCUCUCCUCCUCCUCUCCGCCUCCGAUCCGCCCCGCCGGCUGAAUGCGCACGCGCGGCAAGAGCUGCGCGCGCAUUCAGCCCGUCGCAUAGGAAAGCAUUUACAAUGCUUUCCUAUGAACGCUUGCGUGCUCUCACUGUGAAAAUCACAGUGAGAAGCACGCAAGCGCCUCUAGUGGCUGUCAAUGAGACAGCCACUAGAGGAUUAGGGGGAAGGCUUAACCCAUUGAUAAACAUAGCAGUUUCUCUGAAACUGCUAUGUUUAUGAAAAAAUGGGUUAACCCUAGCUGGACCUGGCACCCAGACCACUUCAUUAAGCUGAAGUGGUCUGGGUGCCUAGAGUGGUCCUUUAAAUAUGGCAUUCCCACGAGGGUACCAACAGAGAGUUAGCUAUUAAACGGCUGCAAGAUGCACCUGCAGCAUAGAUCGGAAUUUCCUUAGUCCAAAUGAAAUUCUGAAACAAAUAUAAUGGCUACAUUUAGUUCGAAAGUGAAUCAACAAAAGGAUGAAAUUCAGUUUGGGUGAAACAAAAAUGUUGUUUGAUUUCAAUAAAAGAAAAAGUAUAAGAUUAUCAAAACAAUAUAAAAAAAUAUCAGGGAUUGUUUUUGCAAUUUUCUAAUAAUCUAAAUACAAUCAGUCGUGUCUUCUAAAAAGCUAAAAAUGUAUAUAUUUUGGUGAAAAAGUGUAAAUACUGGUCAAAGCUAAAAAAGCUCUUUUUUUUGCAGGUGGAAUUGAUGUGCUGCUCCGUGGUCUUAUGGCAAAUCGAGCUAAACUCAACCGUCAAAAUCAGCUGGUAGUUGAUGAAUUGAGAGAGCGUCUCUUCCAGCUGUUUAAACGUGUUGGUCUUGAUCUGCCAGCCAUCAACUUGCAACGAGGCCGUGGACAUGGAUUACCAGGUAAGCCAAAAUAAAGCCUUCUAUUGCGUAGACACAUAGCUUUAUCACAGUUUGUCGUAUCCAUCAAUUUAUCAACCACUUUGGUGUCAGAUGAUAAAUCGUAGUACCUUAAGGAGGGUAUGUGAUAAGAAGGACUGAGAGCUCCAGAGAGGUUAGUGAAUAAUUGUGCAAAAAAAAGUUUGCCAAAAUCACAAAAGUACUUUAGGAGGAUUAGUUUUGUUGCUGUAAAUGAAAGUAACACUCCAGCAUCCAAGGAUACUUAAGCUACUGAAAUGCUUAAGAGAUUAACUUUGGGCUUCCUCCAUCCUACUUAAUAAAAGAGAAGAUUUCAAAAGAAAUUAGCACCUAUGUAAACAUUCUUAGUUGCACUCUCCCAGCUGUCAAUCAGAUAGCAUUAGACAGUAUCAGGGAUAUUCUAGUUCUGUCCCAUGGUAAAACCCUUUUAGUUGGUUUUACUACUUACCUAGAUCCCACGAGGUAUCCACACCACAUCCACUGCAUCUAGUCUUCUCUAACAGGAGAACAUGGAUGUCACUGCUUACAGCAAAACAGAGUCACUAUCACUGGCUGCACGUGUCACCAGAUAACCCUCAACCACCGAGUAUGGUCAUGUAUCCGCUUGUUUUAUAGUGCCAUCCAGCAUCAAUUUGCUAGCGGGGUCCAGGUAAGUUGUUAAAUCAUGCUAAGAUGUUUUCCAUGGUUUGCAGUGUUCUUUUAAAAACAGAUACAUUGGAGUGUUACUUUAACCAAAAUAACCCUAAUGUAGCCAACUACAACCAAAUGCCUUAGAAUAGCACAAGUUUUACCUUGAUAGGUCUCCCCAAAAUCUCAUAAUCAGCUGCUUUUCGUGUUUUGAGUCCAUUUUCCAAGAAACAUAAUAUAUGUGUGUGAAUAUUUAUAUAUAUAUAUAUAUAUAUACACACACACACACAUACAUAUUAUAAUAUAUUUUUCUUUUCUAUUAUGAAUUCAUGAAAUAGUUGUUCUGUUUCACAGGAUACAAUGCUUGGAGGAGAUUUUGUGGUUUGUCUGCACCCCGCAACCUCAAUGAGCUUACCAAUGUCCUAAAUAACAGAGAACUGGCUGGGAAAUUCAUUAAUCUCUACGGAACACCUGAAAAUAUUGACAUCUGGGUUGGAGGAGUUGCAGAGCCACUUGUUCGCAAUGGAAGGAUUGGAGAGCUGCUCACAUGUCUGAUUGGGAACCAGCUCCGUAGAGCACGUGAUGGAGACCGGUAAUUCUACUUUAAUAACAGAAAGAGGAUAUCUAAUAUAUAUAUAUAUAUAUAUAUACAUACAUACAAACAUAUACGAUAUAUAUAUAUAUAUGUUUGCAGUGUUAAAACAAAUCAAACAAUGAUAUAUUAACAAUAUGAAUUAAUCUGCACAGGUUUUAUUAUGAGAGACCUUCUGUAUUCAAUGAGGCCCAGAGGAGAGCAAUAGAAAGAACAAGUUUUGCCCGUGUUAUCUGUGACAACACAAGGAUUACCGAGGUACCCCGGAAUGUCUUCUUGGGGAACCAGUACCCACAAGACUUUUUAAAUUGCUCCAGGAUUCCACCACUUGACCUGACCCCUUGGAGAGCUUGAGUGCUAGCUGGUAAGAAUCUUUUGACAAGUAUUUUGAAUGCUGAAUUCUCUCAGGGCAGAAUUACGGAUGUUUACUAAGAAUGCUGAAUUCUCUCAGCUGCAGAUGUUUUACGGAUGUUUACUAAGACAUGCAAAUGUACAGGAAUAGAGCCUGGGAAGAUUGAAAAAAUAUAAGGAAUAGCAGGAAACCAUCCUUUUGAGUAGCACAAUAUGUACAUUAAAGGUACACAUUAUGCUAGCCAAAAGGAUGGUUUAUUGCUAUUUCUUACCCUAUAUAGUACCAUAAAGACAAUGCUCCAAUAUAGAAGCUUAAAUAUAUUCUGCUGGCACAACGCAUAGAAGUAGCAUGCCAAAAUAUUAGUAAAUAGACACUAGAUCAAAGGACUCCAUUCAACAAGACAACAAUCUAAAAGCAACAUAUGAGGAAAAAUAGAAAUUUUCCCAUGUGAAGGAUAUAUUUCCAGGAAUAUGUAACUAUAUGCAAUAUUAUACACUACUAUCUCAAUAUUAGGAUAAGUUGUAGAAUUGUUGUAGUGUAUAGUUUAAUUGUAGUUUGGAAAAUACAUUAAACAUAAAUAGUGUGCAUAUACAUUGUAAAAAUACAUUGAACAAUUGAACAAUUUGCCCAUAGAAAUACAUUAGCAUCCUAUUAGUAACCCUUUCAGGUUGUCUUCACUUUGGUAGGCUCAACACAGUGUCUCUCUGGAACCUUCUAAAGGUUUUGGCUUUGUAUUUAUCCAGUGGUCAUUCAGCAUUGAAAGAAACACCCACCAAAACAUAUAUUGCCUUAAAUUUACACUUCACUCUCGAUUCAUUUUGAAUUAUCAUUAACAUAGGGGCUGAUGGAGCCGCUGCUCCAGGCCCAGGCCCAGGCCCAGGCCCAUGAAAUAGACCCAUUGCUUAAAUAAAUAAAUAAAUAUAUAUAUAUAUAUAUAUAUAUAUAUAUGUAUAUAUAUAUAUAUAUGUAUAUAUAUAUAUAUAUAUAUAUAUGUAUAUAUAUAUAUUUUUUACUACUCUUCACAUGUGGAUAUAGAGAAACAAAACUUGUGUGGACGGGCUGACAAUAAAAUUAGUUUAUGUAAAGCUAACUUUGCUCACUAUGCAAAGGCUCUUGCUGCUUCAGUCUCUCUAACUCUGUGGCAUGUUCCUUUUCUUCUACACUCACUACAUACACCUUAUAUCUGUCCCAGACUGUAUAACAGGUACUUCUGCCUGCUAGUAAUAAGGUAAGGAGAGGAGUGGACCAGUGGGUGCUAGGGGACAGUCCUUAGAAAGCGUGGAGCGAGCGCAUUAUUUAUGCCAAGUUUACAGGGCCGUAUCAAGAACCCAUUGGGCCUUGUGCUGACAAUAAAUCUGUCUUAUGUCUUUCCACCCCUUUAGCCCAUUAAGGACGGCAUACAUGCUAGCCGUCCUUGGGGACCCGGCUCUAAACGCCGGCUGGCGGCAUAGCACGUCCCAGCCAUCCUAUGUACUUACCCGGUCGCCGGUGAUCCCACGACAGCGAUUCAUCUAGCAUCCCAGGGAGUCCCUCUGCUGCCGUUCCGGCCCCCCUGGGCCAUGUGAUCGUGAGGUCCUUGCGAGGACCUCACGAUCACAUGGACGGCAUAGCCGUCCACAGCAGUGCCAGCAGGGGGAGUGCAUGUAUAGAAUCGUAUUGACAGAAAACACUAAAACAGUAAUACCUCCCAAUCGUCAUGUAUCUGAUGGAGGUGGUGCUGGAGGGAAACUCAAAGGAUAUAGCUUUAAGAAAACACAUACCCUAUGAUAAUGUCUCAUUUUCAUCUUUCAAGAUGGGUGAGGUAAAAGGGUGGGCCCCUGAAGUGAAUCACGUAACCAGAUCAUGUCCAAAAAAAUCUUCCUGAGGAAUUAGAAGGUUAGCCUGGUGUGAAUGCAUGUCAGGCUGCCUGGCCAACUAAGGGCAUACUAUGCAGACAGCACUCUGGCCCUUGCUACAUGUACUGGUAAAUCUCAGAUUGUAGACUCAAUUUAGGAGAAAUUAAAAAUGAUGCAUCAUAACAAUUCAGCAGUUAUAAUAACUCCAAUAAUAGCAAAAAUAUGUAAAAAUUUGACUACUCCUAAAAAAACAAAAGAUAGACUGGAUACGUCAUUUUAAUAUUAAAGACAUUAUUUAAAUAUAUUUUUACUUUAUGUUUCAGAUAAUCAUGCAUCACCGCGAGAAUUAUGAAAUGCUGGAUAUGCUGAAUCAAAAUGUUUUUUGGAGAUGAAGCUGCUUAUGUUGCUGAAUUAAUCUGUCCCUUCAGAAUUAUCUCAAAAAUCUAUAAACCAUUUGUUUAAUUUGCAACAUAUCUAUUGAGACAGACAAAUAAAAUAAAGGAUUAAAAAA